CAGAGAACAGUAUGGCUCUAACUGUAGUUAACGCUCAGCUUCCUGCUGCUUUGUCUUCUAAGAGGAACAUAGCCAGUAGUAAUUCACUGUUAAGGAAACCUAGGGUUUGGAAGGUUGUAUCUCCAGCUUCUUCAACUGGUUCAAAACGUAAUUAUCUUGUUGUUAAGGGGUUAAUUAACGAUAAUGUUGCUUUAUAUGAGGAGGAAAUUGAGUCAUUUUCUAGUUUGGAUCAUAAGCCGCAUAACAUCUUCCCCCCUGACUUCGUUUUUGGUGCUGCCAGCUCUGCUUUCCAGGUGGAAGGAGCAACAAAGGCAGGAGGGAGAGGACCAAGCAUAUGGGAUACGUUUUGUGAAAAGUCUUCAGGAAAAAUUGUCGAUAAGUCAACUGGAGAUCCGGGAGCAGGCUCAUACUACCGCUAUAAAGAAGAUGUGCAGCUCUUAGUCGACAUAGGCCUCCAAGCUUACAGAUUCUCCAUCUCUUGGCCAAGAGUACUCCCAAAGGGCCGUGGCCUGCCCAAUCAGGAAGGACUCAAGUACUAUCACAAUCUGAUUGAUGAGCUAAAGCUUCAUGGAAUUGAGCCCUAUGUUACACUAUUCCAUUGGGAUGUUCCGCAGGCUUUAGAAGAUGAAUAUGGAGGAUUUUUAAGCAGACGGAUAGUAGAUGAUUACAAGCAGUAUGUGAAUCUAUGUUUUGAGGAAUUUGGGCAUAAAGUGAAGCAUUGGAUCACAUUGAAUGAACCUCGGAUGUUUGCUUCAAUGGGAUAUGGCUAUGGGAUGUUUGCUCCUGGCCACUGCACUCCAGACUUAGAAAUUCCAGGAUUUGGUCCUCUCAAUUGCCCUGUUGGAGAUUCUCUCAGAGAACCCUAUAAAGUUGCUCAUAACUUACUCUUAGCUCAUGCAGAAGCAGUAGAUCUCUACAGAACCCAUUACCAGGCUAAACAAAGGGGAAAAGUGGGAAUUACAGUAAACUCACAUUGGUAUGAACCUUAUGAUGAAAGUCCACUUAAUAAAGAGGCGCAACAAAGAGUUCUUGAUUUCAAUGUAGGAUGGUUUUUGGAUCCGGUGAAGUUUGGUAAUUACCCGUUUUCUAUGCGAGCUUUGGUGGGGGAUAGACUCCCAAUCUUCACGGACGAAGAGUCUGCAAAGCUUAGGGAGUCUUAUGAUUUUAUUGGGGUCAACUAUUACACAUCAAGAUAUGUAAAAGACAAGUCGUAUAAUUAUACUAUCAAGCCACAGACCUGCAUUGACGACGCACAGGCCGACACGCCAACUGAGAGAGCUGGGGUGCCCAUCGGACCCGCAGAGCCAAAGAGUUGGGUGAAUGUGUAUCCAAAAGGAUUAAAAAAGCUUCUGCUGCACAUAAAGCGAAGAUACAACAAUCCUGCGAUUUACAUCACUGAAAAUGGGGUUCUUGCGUAUAAUGAUGAUGGAGUUAACAUACCUACUGAAGAUAUAUUCCGGACAGAGUUCCUCACCUCUCACCUUCAUGAACUUGAGGAUGCCUUAAGUAGUAGAGCCAAUGUGAAGGGAUACUUCGUGUGGUCUCUGUUAGACAGCUUUGAAUGGAGGGAUGGCUAUACAUGCAGGUUCGGUCUGAACCACGUCAACUACGACAACUUGCAUGAACCGGAUCUAAGGAGGACUCCCAAGCAAUCUUCUCGUUGGCUCAAACGUUAUCUGCGUAACAUAAAUAAUACUAAGCCCACAGUACUCCCCGCUCCCAUCAUAUCGGAGCUCGUCCAACCUGUCGUUGCUACUAAAAUAUAAAUAUGCAUUUGCAGACUAUGUUUGAUUAUGCUAAUGUUAUAUUUCAUAUGUUGUGUUGUAUGUCUUCUAUGUGUUCGUGAACAAAUAAGGAUGGUGAUGAGCUCACCUACUACUGUUACUAAUGUUAUUCUUAUCGUAUGUAAGAGUUUCAGCUGUUGAAGAGGCUUGAAUAAGUGAUCUAUUUUCACAAA